AUGGAAGAUCCAACUCCCCUCGCUGGGCCUUCCAGACCUAGGAGACCUGUGGAUAAUGCGGAUAUAGCCAAUAAGAUAUUCGCCUUGCAGAGGAAGAACGCUUCUUCCGGUGAUUCUCACGGUGCUUCGAGACCCGGGUCUAGACGGACCGAAUCUUCCGAACGAGAAAGAGAAAGAGAGCGACAUCGACUCCCUCAGAUAGGUGUCUUGCCGGCUGUGGGACCCAGUCGAUCAUAUCCUAAUCCUCCUCCUUCACCUAACAGAUCCGCUACUCCUCGUCAUCCAUCUUCCCCACGUCGUACACACCCUUCUCUCCGACCCUCACCAGAUAUAGAUGAAUAUUCCCGUGGUCCACCUCCCAAUACAUCUUCAAGCAGAGCGCUUUUCGAUCCAUCUCGUCCUGCUCCCCCUCAAGUACAAAAGAUAGAUCGUUCGCCCCGUCCAGUCGUAGAAGAAGAAAGGGUCAGACGUAGGCUGGAAUCCAGACCUUCUUCAUCAUCAAGUAAGAAACUAUUCGAUCCCACCAUUCAUGAUCCCAUGCAUUUCUCUCCAUCGCCUCGACUGCCCCUCCCUGACUCGUCGGAUAUCGGAUCAUCCUCCUCAAGUAAGUUAUUGUUGAGAAGACCACCAACAGGAGUAGCGAGGACACCGGAAGAAGAAGCUGAUCGAGAGAGGGAGAGAAGGAAGAGGCGAGAAGGUAGUGAGAGGGGUAGUACCAAUACAAAUCCGAAGAAGAAAGAUAGUAGUGAUACGAGAUCGAAGGGGUCUAGAAGUUCCGAAGGGUCCGAGAGUUUUAAGGAUAGGGAAAGGGGAAAGAAUAACAGUGAUACCGGUGUGAAACCGAUAUUAAAGAAAUUCCACGAUGAAAUCAAAGAGUUGGAAAAUGAAUUGAUCGAAAUACAUCGUAUCAUGUCUAAUGAUCCUGAAUAUGGAAUAUUGGGUUUACUCGAUGGUGGUAACAGGAAUACACAUUCUAGGAAUAGGAAUAAUAUAAUGGGAGAUCAGGAAUCGGCAGCUUGGAUAGAUCUUAUUGCUAAACAUAAAAGAUUGGCAGAAUUACAUGAUCAUUUCCUUAUCACUCUAUUCGAUCCCCUAGUCCCUUCCUCAUACCACCAACUAUCAGUGAAAUACAAUAUUCCUUCUAGACUUUGGCAAACUGGAUUUCACCUCUUAUUGGAGAGAUUACGAUACGCCUGGAUGUCAGGAAAAGGUCAUUCGACUGCUACUGCAUUAGAUUUCCUCACGGAUGUGGUUUACGAUGCGUAUAGGUUUUAUUCUGAAUUAUUGGAGAAUCAAGCUUUAUCGAAUUUCAGGACCGCUUGGAUAGAAGCUUUAGGUGAUUUGGCUAGAUAUAGGAUGACGAUCGCCUCUCAUGUGCAGGAUCCUCCUACUUCCACUUCGAGUAGGGACAAGCUAGGAAGGAUCGAUGUUCCAGAUGACGAAGGGGAAGAGGGCCAGCGGCCCGAACCGUCAGGAGCGAGUAUCGGAGCGGAAGUAGCUCAGUCGUGGGAUGUAGAGGAUAAAGAGACUUGGAGGACGACAGCGAGAGAUUGGUAUAAUAUGGGUAUUAACGAGAAACCCGGUGAAGGGAGGUUGCAUCAUCAUUUGGCGCUGUUGUGUAGGGAUGUCAAAGGUCAGGAAGGAAGGGCUUUACAUCAUUUCGUGAAGAGCUUAACGGUCACUCACGAAUACCCGACAUCUCGUGAAUCCAUCUUACCACUAUUUGACUCUGCUCUCCAGAAUCAGCGGUCUCUUCCCGAAGCUACAGCGAUGGACCUAUUCAUCCGUCUUCACGGUAUGUUAUUCACUCGGAUCUCACUCGACGACUUCGACGCAGUCAUGUCACGAUACAUGGAACGAUUGGAGGAAGACGCACGAUUAGAUGGGGUAUCGAGGAAAGUCGUGAUUGGACAAACGGAUUGGAUGAUCAUGGCUUCAGUCUCAUUGGGAAGUAUAAUGCAAUAUGGAACAAGUAGCGGUAUAGUCCGGAAAGCCCUAUCUCAAGAGGGUGCAGAAAGAAGACGAGCUCAAGCUUUGGCAGAUAACGAGGAUGGAGAAAUGGAGGAUGGAGAUAAUCAACCGAAUAAUGAAGGAUUGACUGUAGAUGGUAUAACACCAUUAAGAACAAUCUCACCUUUACCUAUUAACGGUAACGGUAAUGGCUCGGUCGACGCAGACGAGGUACAACCUAUAACGUUCACCUACGCAUUGAAAUUGGCUUUUGCGAUAUUCGAAUUCGUCUUAUCCCAUCCUAAUCGCAUACAAGGAUUUCACCAGGUUCUUAAUCCUUUUAUCACUAUCUUCCUUACUUUUCUCGCUACGGUCUUUCGUCAGCCUCAUGUAGGAUCUGCUUUAUUGCUUUCAGUGCCAUGGGAACGAUUAUGUCAAUUUACAAACUCGACCAAUCUCGAAAUCAAUGAAGAGAAAAGGUUGGUCAGUGGAUUACCAUUACCUGAAGAUUGGUUGUUACGUGGGAAUGAAUGGGUGGGUAGAAGGGUUUAUGAAAGAGGAUUUUGGAAGAGUAAAUCUACCUCUGCUACGAAUGGUAAUGGAAGAGGAUCAACCGGUAGUGGUAGCGGUGGAAUGGUCCAACCUAGAAAAGGAGGUAAUUUCGAGUCUGAGAUGGAUGUUCUGUUAGCCAAUUUUGAUCCACCCGUUGGAAGAUCACUUGAAGAUGGGGUAGUAGAUGAUUUAGAAGGAGAUACGGAUUCGUCAUCUGCCAUCAACUCAAGAAGAUAUAAGAGGGUUGUAUGGGCGAUGGGAGUCAUGGUUAAAUUUGUGGAUGGAUUGGAAUUGGAUGGGGAUGGAAAGGUCGUUGUGGAUGGUACUUUGAAAGAGAGAUUGAUGGAAUUGGAGAGGCAAAAAGGAAGAGAACGAGAAGAAGAAAGGAGGAGGGAUAAGAAGAGGAGGGAUAGAGAGAGGGAAGAGGAAUUGGAGUUUGAGAUGGAUGAACUCGACGUGGAUGUGGAAGUGGACUUGAGUGGUGAAGAGGACGAAGAGUUGGUUGCGUUGAGGAAUCGACGACGUGAACUUCAAGGUCUCUUAUCCACCUCUUCCCCCUUACCGACUUCCACGGCAAGAUCAAAGAAAAGCAAACGAUCAAAUUUACAUGUCGUCCCUGGCUAUACUAUGUUACUGUUCGAUACCAACGUCCUGGUUGAUUCGCUUGGACUGUUCAGUAAGGUUGUAGAAGGUGGUCAAUGGAGUGUGAUCGUGCCUUUACCAGUGGUAACCGAAUUAGACGGUCUUUCUAAAGAACCCGGUAGUCUAGGUACGAACUCUAUCAAAACGAUCAAAUAUCUAGAAUCGACCAUACGAACUCAUUCCUUAACGUUGAAAAUCCAAACGUCCAAAGGAAAUUAUCUAUCCGAUUUGUUAAUCAGGACUGAAUCCCUCCCUACCACUGAUGGAGAUGAGAAAGAUAGUGGAAGGACAAUGGAUGACAGGAUAAUCCAAAUUGCUUCAUUCGCCGAAUCCAACUUCAUGGAUCGAUCGAGUUUACUUGGUAUGCCCAGCAUUAGCUUACAGGAGAAGGAGACGACGAGCAAGGUCCUGGUGAUUAGUAAUGAUAGGAACUUGAGGUUGAUGGCGAUGUCGAAAGGGUUGAGGGCGGUUGAUGAGAGGGAGUUGAAGAGUGUUUUGGAGAGGGUAUGA